AUGUUUCUUUCUCGGAAGAUCCAAAAUCAAGAUGUGAGCUUUCAUUUCGGAGCUUUGCCGUCUACCUCUACUGACAUCACUCCUAGGUCGAAAAUCGAUAAACUCUCUAUUCUCGGUGUCCGAUCUUUCGAUAACACCCGAAGCGAGACCAUUCAGUUCCAUACGCCGUUGACUUUGAUCGUAGGAUAUAAUGGAUCCGGGAAGACUACUAUCAUUGAAUGUCUCAAAUAUGCCACGACCGGCGAUCUACCGCCCAACAGCAAGGGUGGCGCGUUCAUCCACGAUCCGAAGCUGUGUGGAGAAAAAGAGGUUCUUGCCCAGGUGAAGCUAGCAUUUAAAGCUACCUCUGGAGCGAAGAUGGUGGCAACCCGCAGCCUGCAGCUUACCGUGAAGAAAACGACACGACAACAAAAGACAUUAGAAGGCCAGUUAUUAAUGGUAAAGGAUGGAGAACGAACGGCGAUAUCGUCUCGUGUGGCCGAACUAGACCAGAUCAUGCCCCAGUACCUCGGUGUUUCGAAAGCAAUCCUCGACUCCGUGAUUUUCUGCCAUCAAGAUGAGAGUCUUUGGCCCAUGAGUGAACCAUCUGUACUCAAAAAGAAGUUCGAUGAAAUUUUCGAGGCCAUGAAAUACACAAAGGCAAUCGACAACAUCAAAGCUUUAAGGAAGAAGCAGAAUGAGGAGUUGGCGAAGUUUAAGAUUAUGGAACAGCAUUCAAAGGAAGACAAGGACAAAGCAGAUCGUGCAGAGAAACGAUCGAUCAAGUUACAAGAAGAAAUAGAGGCUCUACGAGAGGAAACCCAUCAGAUCUCCCAAGAAAUGCGGAAUGCCGCCGAAUUAGCAGAUAAAGCUUGGAAAGAAUCGGAAAGCUAUGCGCAGGUCAUUGGAGCGCUGGAAGGGAAACGCAUUGAAGCCAGGAGUAUCCAGUUAACGAUCGACAAUUUGAAGCGACAUUUGGUUGAAGUCGAUGAGUCUGAUGAAUGGCUGCAAUCGAGUCUUGAGCAGUUCGAGUCCAGACAACUGGAGUAUCAACAACAAGAAGACGCCCAGAAGGAAAGAUACAUGGACAUCAAGGAACAAAUAGAAUCGACCCGCGAGCAGCUCGGAUUGAAACAAGCCGAAACCGGAAAGUACGAAAAUGAUAAGGAUCAAUUUGAACGCCAGAUUAGGCGUCGAGAGAACAUGAUCAAAGAGUUUGCGCGAGAGAACAAUAUCCGUGGUUUCGAUGACGCUCUGGAUGAGUCAAAAAUCGACGAGUUUAUGCACAGAAUGCAGAAGAUGGUCAAAGAACAUAGCCAGGCACUAGAACGAGCCCGAAAGGAAGGACAGUCAGAAUUACGAGAGACUCAAAACGUUCUCAAUCAGAUUGCGCAGCGGAAAUCUGCAUUUCAAGAGACUAAGAAUGUUGCGCGAAGGCAGAUUGCGGACAACGACAGGGAAGCAGCUUCAGUCCAAAGCCGCCUGAAUGAAAUCGACGUAGAUGAAGGCACGGUUGCUGUUCUUGAGUCAAAGAAGGAAGAGGCGCAAUCACGGCUCGAGAAGUUGAAAGACGCUGCUCGAGUUGCGACAUGGGAUAAGGAUCUUCAAGAUGCCAACACUCAGCUUAGGUCCCUUGAAGAUGAAAGCACCAAGCUCAAUCAAGAGCUUAUUGCAGGAACCAAGAAAGCUGGCGAUUUGGCUAGACUGGCCCAUUUAAAGAAGGAACUCAAAGAUCGCGAGCGCCAAUUGGAGACUAUGUCGGGGGCUCACGGAAAUCGUUUAUCACAACUUGUUAGCGAGCAAUGGAACCCGGAUAACCUUGAGCGUGAAUAUCAGAAUGUCCUGACGGAUGCUUCAAAUAAUAUGACAUUAGCGGAACGCAAUCGCGAUGGUGUUGGAAGAGAACUUGACCAAGUUGAGUACAAACUGAAAGAUUGCCGAACAGCGCUUGAAAAACGGAAAAAAGAACGUGACGAGUGUGUGAAGAAGAUUCGCGACGCAAUUGACGAUGAUCCCACGGAGUACUCUGACGUCUUGCAAACAAGACAAAACCACCUUGACCAAACCAGGAAGGAUGUUGAGCAGUUCACGGGCAUGCACGAAUAUUUCAACAUGUGUCUUGAAGCUGUUGACUCGAAAAAAAUGUGCAGAACUUGCAUGAGACCUUUCAAGAACGAAACCGAAAUGCGAACUUUUAGGAACAGAUUAGAGGGACUUAUCAAAAAGAACUUUUCAUCCUCAGACGAAGAUUUGAAACAAGCCGAAGAAGACUAUGAAAAUGCUCGAAUGGCGAAUACCGAUUACGACACCUGGUUGCGUCUGACAGAAACUGCAAUUCCCGAACUUGAGAAGAACGAGGAACAAUAUCAAAGUCAGAAGGAAGAGAUUUUGAAGAAGCUGGAGAGCCAUGACACCACUGUUGACGACCGAGCCGAAAAGAAGCGAGAAAUCGAAUCUCUUUCCCGCACAGUUACCUCUAUAGUUCGUAUCGACAGCGAGAUCAAAUCUCUACGUUCUCAAAUAGCAGAGGUGUCAUCCAAGCAACAGCAGACGGACUCGACCCGGGUCCUGGAAGACAUCCAGAAUGAUAUCGCGGCAGUCGGGGAGAAAUCGAGAGCAAUCAAGUUGACUAUUUCAAAGCUCUCUUCAGAGAAGGAACAGUCUCGAGAUGAACUUAAUAGGGCGGAACUAGCGCUUAGAGACGUGAAGAGUAACCUCGACAAUGGCAGUCAUCAGCUUGAGAAGAAGACCAGUCUUCUUGCUCGUGUUGAAGAGUAUAAAAGAAUGAACGCGAAGCAACGAGAGUCCAUUGAAAAUGCUGAUCGUUAUAUUGAGCAAUUGGAGCCGGAGAUUGCCAAAGCCCAGGCGAAAUUUGAUGAUAUUAACCGGCGUGCUGAAUCCAAAGAACGGGAACUCCAGCAAGCAUUGACACAUUUGUCUGACCGCUUACAUCAACUCAAUCUUGCUAAUGAUGAAAUUAAAUCAUACAUUGACCGUGGCGGACCGGAGCAGCUAAUCAAGAGCCGAAAGGAGUUAGAGGACAUCCAGCAACAAAUCAAGACAUUGGAAGGAGAACAAAGUGAAAUCACACGCGCGAUCAACAAGAUAUCUGCCCAGCUCAAAGACAGUGACAACACUAGAAGACAGUAUUCGGACAAUCUGUCAUAUCGUCAGUCAUGCAGGUUAUUGGAGGAGGUCCAAGAUGAGAUACAGCAACUGGAAGAGCAGAACGCAGAAAUCGAUCGCAGUCGGUUCAAGGAAGAGUCAGAGCGAUGGACACGGAAGCACAAUGCACUUGCCGCUCAGCAGGCAAGUAAAAUGGGCGAGAUGAAGUCCAAGGAUGACCAACUAUUGCAAUUGCUGGCAGAUUGGAACACCGACUAUAAAGACGCGGCUGCUAACUAUAAGGAAGCUCACAUCAAAGUGGAAACCACCAAAGCUGCGGUUGACGACUUGGGUCGUUACGGUGGGGCACUGGAUAAGGCUAUUAUGAAGUACCACAGUCUCAAGAUGGAAGAGAUCAACCGCAUUGUCGAGGAGCUUUGGCAACGGACCUACCGAGGUACUGAUGUGGAUACUAUCUUAAUCAGAUCUGAUAACGAGAAUGCCAAGGGAAACCGCUCCUACAACUACCGCGUUUGUAUGGUCAAACAAGGUGCAGAGAUGGACAUGCGUGGUCGAUGCAGUGCCGGACAAAAGGUUCUCGCUAGCAUUAUCAUUCGUCUUGCAUUGGCCGAAUGUUUUGGGGUCAACUGCGGCCUUAUUGCACUAGAUGAGCCAACGACAAAUCUGGAUAGGGACAACAUCCGCUCUUUGGCCGAGUCGUUGCAUGACAUUAUCAAGACCCGUCAGCAACAGGCCAACUUUCAGUUGAUUGUCAUCACUCACGACGAGGAGUUUCUGCACCAUAUGCAGUGCGGUGAUUUCAGUGAUUAUUACUAUCGAGUCUCGCGAAAUGAACGGCAAAAGUCCAUUAUCGAGAGACAAUCCAUUGCUGAGGUCAUGUGAGCCUCUCAUUUUCGUGUCUUGAAAGUCCCAAGUACCUAGUUCUACUACCCGUCUCAUUGCAGUGAGCUUCCCGGAAUUGCAGCAUGAUGUUCCGGUAUACAUAACAAAGUCUAGGUUUCCUCAAUUUCAAUUUGUAAGACG